AGCAGCGGUGUGUGUGAAUGGGUAGUUAGCAUAGACUAGUCGGCGGUGGUGAAACUGUGCGGGCUUUACCGGGGACACGAGUCGUUUAACGUGUGUUUUAACGGGAUAUACAUAGCGAUGUCUCCGGAUGAGCUGGUGUAUCUGGGAGUCCUCUUCGCCUCCAUCCCUGUUGGAUUCCUCUUCCGUUACCUCAGUCCGCCCGUGAAGCAGGGAGCAGCUCUUCUGCUGGGCCUCAGCAUCAUCGUCGCCACCUGUCACAUCCACACGCUCCACUCCCUGGUGACGGUGAUCGGGACAUGGAUUAUUAUAAAGAGCAGCUGGCGUCAUGCACCGGCGCUGAGUCUCAGCUGGACCUUCCUCUACCUCCUCUUCUUCCGUCUGGUCACGUGGUUUGGUCUGCCACAGCCGACACCUUUUUCCAACGCCGUGCAGCUAAUCCUCACGCUGAAGAUGGUGAGUCUGGCCAACGAGGUGAAGAGCUUCCACGUGGAGAAGAAAAAAGAAGUGAGCUCUUUCGCCAAAUCUCCCGUCAUCGGCGGCCUGUCUGAGGAGCCGUCGCUCUACGACAUCCUGUCCUAUAGUUACUGUUAUGUGGGUAUUAUGACCGGCCCGUUCUUCCGUUUCCAAACCUACGUCGACUGGUUGAAGCAGCCGAAGCCGCUGGAGCUGCCCGGCUGGACUCCGUGUCUGCAGCGGCUGAAGCUGGUUCCCGUCUACGGCGCUCUGUUCCUGGCUGUCAACUCGGUGUUUCCGCUGAGCUUCGUCCGCACAGACGAGUUCCUGGAUCGUAACUUCUUCUUCAGGUUCUUCUACAUGGUCGCCGUGUUCUUCGUGUUCAGGAUGCGUUUCUACGCUGCCUGGUGUGGAGCCGAGGCCGGAUGCAUCAGCGCAGGUCUGGGCUGCUACCCAGAAAAGGCUCUGGCCAAACCUGGAGGAGGCCCCACCGUCAACUACAGUCUGGAUCCGUCCGCUGAAGAGAGCUACGACUUCAGAACCAUCCAGAACAUCGACUGCUACAACACCGACUUCUGUGUGAAGGUCCGACACGGCAUGCGUUACUGGAACAUGACGGUGCAGUGGUGGCUGCACCACUACAUCUACCCCAAUGCCCCCUUCAGGGCCUACACACUCAGAGCCGGCUGGACCAUGUUCAUCAGCGCCUACUGGCACGGCCUUCACGCCGGGUACUACCUCUCCUUCCUCACCAUCCCACUGUGCAUCGCGGCGGAGUCGGCCAUGGAGGCGUCCGUCCGAGCCAGACUGGGCCCCCGUGGGCAGAACGUGUUCGACUGGGUGCACUGGUUCCUGAAGAUGAGGGCCUACGACUACAUGUGCAUGGGCUUCGUGCUGCUCAAGGCCUCCGACACCGUGAGCUACUGGACGUCCAUCUACUUCGUCAUGCACGUCAUCGCUGUCUGCUGCAUCGUGGUGGGCCGGCUCCUGAAGGGAGGGAAGAGCAGGAGAGGAAAGAGGGAGCAGAACGCAGAGGCAGAGAAGACUGGAGAGAAGACGGACUGAACGAAGAGUCAUCUUUCUACCGACAAGCAUCACACAGGUCCAAGACAAUUUCCAGGGAGAGACUUGAUGUCAGUAAUGAUUCCAUUAAACCAGUGGAGGUGUCUGUGAGGGAGGAUUUCUAAGCUCCAUGAAUGUUCUUUUUGUAGUGGCUCCUCUCAGCUGAGCGUCGUGUUUAUUUAGUCUCAGAACAACGUGAAAACAGGCGUGAUGGAGCAGAAAACCGUCCGGCGAGGCAGCGUUUCUGCAGGAAUCCAUCAGGAGGCCGACUUCUGAGUCUGUGGAGGUGGAACACUGGCUGAUAACUCCUCCUCCUAGUUGAUUAUGUGAGUCAUGCUGAUUAAUUAUUGUUAAGCUCCACGGCUGGUCUAAGUUAAAGUGAAAGCUUCUAAUUAAUGUGUAAACCACAGAGAGAAAAUAACACAGAAUAGAUGUCAGUAUGGACUCAAACAUGCUGAUUGAGACUAAAGUAAGUACGUUAAGUUUAAAUUCAAAGUACUGUAGUUUCCACCACUCUAUACGUCUGCUUUACUGCAAUUUAGAGGCAAACAGUCUCAUUUUUACUCCACUGCAUUAAGAUUUUUUGCAUAUUCAGAUUAUUAAUACAAAAUGUAAUCGUCAGAUAAACGUGUUAUUGUGAUGCUUUAUCGUUCAAACUAGCAGCAGUAAACAUUAAAAUCAGCUUCAACUGCAGCAGCGCCACAGUGAUGAACACGUUAACAGGCCAACGGGUAGAAUUCAGUUAUAUCACAAACAUCCUGCUGCAGACUGAGCACUUUAUUCUGAUGCUUUUGCACCUUUAUCCAAGUAAAAGGAGUAUUUCUACUCUGUUCUAGUGGUACUUUUACUUAAAGAUCAGAGUACUUUUUCCACUUCUGUCAGAGGUUUGAAAGUGACCAAUCAGAGGAGAAGUUUUCAGCCAACGUCCCGCCUCCACAGACUCCACUUUGAGGGGGAUGGUUUUAACUCGCAUCACGUGCACGCUCCUGGUUGUCACGUGCACGAGUCUUGAGACUGACUAAACGUCGAGGUGAUUCUGAUUGUAUUUCAAGACGCUGUGUGCAGCUGCAAGAACUUUAAUCGCGUUUCUGGUCAACAUGAGUCAAGAUGUGGUUUUCAAAACAGCCGAUUGGUCCUUUAGAUAGAAGACGAGCAGUCGAAGCCAAAGAUGUUCAGUUUACAGACGCAAGAGGGACAAAGUUUACCACAAUGAUGCACAGUUUGUGUGUUAUUAUGUCAGAUUUACACACGUGUGAGUGUGAUUACAUGUAUCACUGCUUACAAACAGCUGAUUGGUUGUCAACUAUUUUUGAUAAUUGAUCGGUUUAGCUCAUUUUUAAAGAAAAAUAUUACAACUUCUGUGAUUGCAGCUUCUUCAGUGUGAAUGGUUUCUGGUUUCUUUCCUCCGUGACACUAAACUGAACAUCUUUGGACCAAACAAGACAUUUUAUAGACCAAUCCGUUCAUCCGGAAAAUAAUUGGCAGAAUAAUCAGUAUUUAAGGUUAAAACGUGACAGUUUUAGUUAAAGAAAAGGUCUAAAUUCUGUGAUUCCUGCUCCUUAAAUGUGAAUAUUUUCUGGUUCCUUUCCUCUGUGAGAGUAAACUGGAAACCUCUGGACAAAACCAGACAUUUUGGGAAACACUGAUGCACAUUUUUCACCAUUUUAGAGACCAAACAAUCGAGUAAUCUAGAAAAUAGUCAACUGGUUAUUCAACGGUAGAACUAGCUGUUAGCGAAGCCCUGAAUCAGAACGUCGAGGUUCAAAGUGAAGCUCCAGAUCACGUCUGUGCUCCUGCCUGUUUACAUCGUGUUCAGACAACACAACGUUCCUCAUGUUACUGCUGAACAUUCCCGUGCUUCAGCUUCCUCCGUCGAUGCUGAGAAUCCAAAACGUCGACGUCUCAAAGUGUGUCAUGAACAGCGUUGGUCUGUCCACUGCCAAACAUCUGCCGCCACGCUCCAUUUCAGGACCAAACAUUCAAAUGUCAUGUCCGAGCUGCCAACGUGAUUCACAGCACAAGCCGGAUGUUUGUUUUAUACGUACAUGUGUCACGAUAUGUAAGAAAAUCCAAGUGAUGGUCGAAGCAAUGAACUGCUCCUGUGGGAUUCCUGCAUGAGACCAAACUUUUUAACGUUUUAUUGUAGUUUCAGGAGGAAUAAUUUGGAUGAAAACUGCAAUUUACGGCUGAGAAACUGUGUGAUGACUGUUUUAUAUGAUCCGAACUGAAGCGUUUUGUUCUCCUGAGGCCAUCCGAAUAGAUUUUGCUCGUCUAUCCUCUCUGUGCCAAACCGUCUCCCUCGUGUUUUCAUUACUGCACAGCGACGAUGUGGAUCCUCCUUUUUCUUCUGCUGCUUUCAGCCUAUUUAUUUGUCUGUCUUUGUUCUGCGCCGACUCCUACGUGUUCAACACAUAUCAGCAUCUCUUCACCGCUCGCUGUCACUUUAAUGAGAUUAUCUGUGAAUAAUUAGUUUAUUAACUUGUCAGCUGAUAGAAAAAGGCUUUUGUCCAUCACAUUUUUCACUUGUCAGGAUAUCACUGGCUCUUCAAACACACCUGCUCAGCUACCUGUAAACCACAGCCUUUGUGUUUCUGUUGCUCAUGAUGUUUACCUGAAAUCUGUUCCACAAUUAAAUCUCCUUAUUUCCAGUCAAAGACAUGA